AGCUUCAACUUAAUCUAACAACAAAUUGAGGUUAUACUGGCUAAAAAUAAUUUACUUUUCCUUGAACAGCUAUUCUUAGAAUGUCCCAUCUUCAUGUCUUCUAAAACUUUUGGGAUCUCAUUUACAGAGCAUAAGGUGUCAGCGCUGUUUAUUUUGGGCUGUUGGAAGGGAGGUGGGUCUGGGCUGUUAGCAGAGCAAAGGCUGCUCUGGAGAAAACCUGCUGCUCCAGCACCUCACUUCUCCUUUUGCUGUAGGCUAAUGACAGCAGGUCAGGGUGGUCUGUGGUGCUCUCUGUGUGCUCAUCUCUCACCUGCGUGGAGUUAAAGGCUUUGUGUCCCAAUUUGAAUAUUAUACAAUGGAACAGCAGCGUUGCCUCUGUUCUGUACCCGGGAUGAUGAAUUCAGUGUUGAUUCUGUGCUGUGGAAAAACACACUGGAGCAUUGAGUGAAGAGCAUCAGAGAGGAAGGAGAAGCUAUAGAUCCAGAAUUUGUUAAAAGUGUUCACUUAACCCUGCUCAGGGAAAAGCAAGGAUGACAUCUGUUAGUGAUUGCUGGCAUGUGCUGAAGGAGUUCACCUGGUGGCUUUGUGGUGGGGUAGCUUCCUACCAGGCUGUGGUGACAGGACUGUACCUACAGAGAGGCAGUUUCCAGCCCUUUGUAAUGGUCCAAUUUGCAUAUUAACCCCUGAAAAGCAUCUGUGCACCUUAUCCAGAUUAUCGGAAAGCUGUGGGUUGUAGGACAAUGAAGCAGCUGCCAGGCUGAAUUAAAUAAGAUGCCUGGUUAGCGCAGCGUCCUGUGUUUAAAUGGCAGUCAGUGUUGGGUGCCCAGCUGAAGGCACUGGAGUUACUGCAGCACGUUGGCCGGGAAGCUUCUCUUGCUUAUUCCCGAUAGCCCACCCUGGGUUUUGAGGCAUGUGGAUCAACUGGCUUCAGAUUUAUCUGCCAGUGUAACUCGGAAUAUCGUUUUUGUGUAUCUGGUACUACUUUUUUCUGCUUUCUGAUCCUGUUAGGAUUUGGAGUAAAUAACAUCUGUAGCUUAUGAAGCUCCAGUGGUGUACUGUGAUAAAGUGUUGUCUCUAGUUGACCAGGGGAUUAUCUAAUUACAUUGCAAGAUGGCAAGAAAGAGCAGAUCAUCUCUGCACCCUUCUUCUGUCUGUCCCUUGAUGCUCCCCCAAACUCCUCCAUUCUCUCUCCUUCUGACCUCUAAUUUCUCAUCUGGGAACGCUGCUUCCUCUCUCCAACACAAAGGCCUGUAUGUCUGGGAGGGUCCUUUGUCCCAGGCAGUGGGUGCUGUUAUUGUAUUGCCUGAUGACCAUCAGUCCAUGCUGGGCUGCUGCUCCAAAAAUAAAAGGCUCUUUUGGUUAGGUCGUAAUUGUGAAGUGCUCCCUUACAAUGCGCUUGGUGCCAAGAGUCACAUACUGCACCUAGGCCAGUACUGCGUGGGUCUUGUUGGAGUUACUCCUCUCCAGUCUUGUCUGCCCUAAAUGGUUUUGGCAAGAAAUCAACAACUACAUUGAGAAAAAGAUGCUGAGCACAUCUGUGAUGGAAUCGUGUUAGCAUUUUAAAGCUAAUUUGGAUUAGAGCGAGGUGUGAAGUUAUUCCGAAAUACCUAUUGCGCUUGCUGUUGGAUCAGUCUUAUUCUGGGAUAGGAAUGCUUGUUCCAAUUUAGCUUAAUCCUUUUUCAAAGCUAACUAAUCUAACCCAGGCCAAGGCACUCUUCUGGAACGUGCCAAAGCAUAGUUACUCAAAAGAAACCUGAUGUGCAGAGAAACCCGCCAUCCAUUCCUCUUUGUGGGUACAGCUGUGCUGCUCUGUGCAGAAACUGUAUGGGGCUGUGGCUAUGUGAGGUACAUUUUAGGUCAGUGAGGGGAGCGGACCUAGAAAGAAAAUUAAGGUUUUAGUUAGGCAGUCACUUUUAUCAAAGGAAUUUGGGCUAUUUUUGAAAGCGAGAGGACUGGAUCUUCCUCCUUUCUUGCACCAGUGGUGGGGUGAGCAGCUCUCUCUGAACCAGGAGAAAGCUGAUCCUGCAGAACGGGGGUGAGGGUUCCCCUGGCUUGCUGUGAAGCUCUGCGAACACUACUGUGGACACAGAAGGUGAAGGAUAUGGGGGAGAGCAGGGUUAUGCUUUAAAUCCACGCUGUAGUUACAUAGGAUUACAGUGUGCUUGUAACCAUGAUCUGGUAAACGCACACAGUGCCUGCUAAUUAGGUAACGUCCUUAUUAAUGAGAAGAAAUUUCUGCACCUCGCUUCUGGUGGAAGAGUGCCGCAGUAGAGAGAGAGAAUUUUGCCUCCUGUCUUUAAAUAAAAGACUGAGAUAAUGGUGGUUCUGCCCUCAGAAUCACAAUUGGGUGUUUUAAAAUGCCUCAACGGAGUGGGCAGCAGGCUUCGGGGCUGUCCUUGGCUGAGCCUGUUUCGAUUGCAGAAGCAUUGCAGUGGGCAUAUCAGAGUGAUAAAUCACCAUAAUGUUCCUAACUGACGGGAACUCAGUUCCAAGCUGAGUCGAUGGGUGGAGGAGUGAGAUGCCUUUCAGUGAAUUGCUGCUUCACAGAAAAUCUUAUUCUGCGCAGGACUCGGAGGAUACAGAGGGAUUUGAAAAGCGAUGCCGUGAGUUCAUCUGACUGAAACGGAGCCUCUGGAGUUCAGUCACAGUAACUUUUACCUCCCCACUGGCUCUUUCAAGAGACUUGGAGUAGGAAACUGUGGCAUUGAUGCACUCCCUUUCUUUUCAUGACUAUUCGUUUCCCCCUGGGAUGGAGGGAGGGGGAGAGAGAAAGGGUCGGUGGUGAGGUCAGUGUUGAGGGUGCUGACGUUAUGAAAGGAUAUGGACUUUACACAGUAAAAAGUUGGAAACUGCAGCAGCAUAGCAGUGGACACGAGUAGCUGUGAAACACGAUGCCCGGAGCUCUGACUGGGUGGACAGACAGGGGAGGGUGAGGGGAGAAUGCAGAUGACGCAUUUGAUUUUUAAAAAAGUGGAUAGUGUUGACAGAAACUCUAUCUUGAUUAAGGGUGGUAGGAAAGCAUUCGAUUCCAGCCAUGUCUUGAGCUCGGUUACAGUUGGUUUUGGCUCCGAUUCUUCUGUUUGCCUUCUUUGGGUCCUACCCUGACAUCUUUGCAGUCAUGUAGCUGAUGCUUCUCUAAUGACAUUCUUCCCCUUAACUAUCGCAAUUCUGUGCUGGGGAACUGAAGGCUUCUCAGUGCAGCCAUCCUCAGGGGGAGGGCCGGUGAUUGUAAACAGCAGUGGUACCUUCUAAAUGCUGCUUUGAUUUACUCUUGAACAUUUUCUUAUUUACGGAGCAUACCGUCCGGGUUGAACUAUGUGUGGUCUGCAUAGACAGAUGGUUUAGGUCUGAGACUUUGUGGAUUAAGAAUACGCUGCUUUAGAAUUGGUUGGACUCAUAAAAGCAAAGUUCAGGUGAUUUCCUUAGGGAGUGUUUUAUAACACAUCCUCACGGGCUUUGCCUUGCAGCUGUGCGAGGCAUCAUAAAAGCAUGAAAACACCUUUGCAAAAAGGUUUUGUUACAAUUUAAGGUUUUAUAACUUUGUUGCUGGCUUUAUUCCUGUUGGGUUGAGUUUAAUAUCACCUGUUGACACAGGGACUCCUCCUGCUGUCAGUGCUCCACUAAUUAACUGCAGGAACCAUUCUUGACAUGGUCACAGUGCUUGGUUUGUUUAUAGCCUGGCCAGCCUCAGGGUAGUGCCGUGGAAUGCAGCAAGGGCCCUACACUGCCAUUAUUCCUACUUUUUGCCCACUAAUAAUACUCUACACAACUCUCUUCCUGCUUUGAAAAUCAGUUUACUCUAUAGAAGAGCACGUUUGUGUCAUUAGUUCUUGUUUGUAGCCCUUUGGAGGGAGAAAGACUGUGCUUUGCAGUGCUCUGUAGUCAACCUCCUCCUCAGGCUCUUGCUUCAUAAAUCUGUAAGAGGAAGAACUCUUCUUUGCUGUACGUGGUGAGGGAGGGAAGGGCAAAUCAGUCUCAAUCUGGAAGAGCUUUGUACUUCCUUUUAGAAAAUACAAUUCUAGCACCUACAGGUACAAAGAAAACCUUCAAAACUUGAUCUUUUUGAUAGUUUUGAACCUGCAAAUGUCAACACUGGUAAAAGCUCCUUAGCUUUGCCAGUCAGCAGUAGAAUAAAAAACUGCGUUGCUUAUGAGGCAUUCUGUCCAAAGGCUGUAAAUUACAAAACAGGAAAAUGUAGCCGAGGCUGUCCCAGCAUCUAUCUAUAGAAAUCGUGCAGAGGAAGAGAGGUGGAGAAUGAUUUAGCUGACACCUGCGUUGGGGUUUGGUAUAACAGGUGACUAAUGCUUGUUGUCUAAAGGACUGUAGCAGUGCGAGCAGAGGACUCGUGGGGACAGUGUGAAGGUGAAGAUGUCUUGCCCAGAAUCUCGCUAUUCCUUUGAUGUCCCAAACCCUUGCAUCAACUUUGCGAGUCUGAGCGAUGACGAUGUGCACAAUGCAGACUCCUGGUUUGACCAAAAAGCCGACCUGGAGAAUGUCCCUCCUGCAGAAAAUCUGGCAAAGGUCUCACAGAACAGCCCUGUUUUUUCAAAGCCUGAUAUUAUUCUGUCUUCUGUCGCAUCACAAGGAAUAACAAUGAGUGAAAGCCAUGGUGAAGAUGAUGGUCAAGCAGAAUGUGUGCAGGCCAGUGCGGUUCCUCAGAAUAUUGUUGGAUCCCUGACGAGCUGGAGAGCUACUGCUCCUGCAGAGGCCUCUCAAAGAGCGGGUAGAAGACAGGCUCCAACACAGAGAAAAAGACAGCAACGCAAACAGCCAGCUAGAAUCAAAGCAGAGAGAAAUGCUAAUGCCUUGGUUAAUAAGGAAGAAGUUCCACCCCUGAAAAAAAUGAGAAUUUCUAGCAGCAGAGAGGAGGUCACAGAAGUACCCACGAGGAGACAGCCCCUGCAGAAUCCUGACCUCUCCCCAGGGAGAGGGAGAAGCAAGCUGACCAUGCCCUCCACACCAACAAUGUUAAAGAGGACCAAUCGUUCUGGCAAGCUGAAGAGUACAGAGGAGCAGGAGCUGGAAAAGAUGCAGCAGUUGCAGCAGGAGGUUGUGGAGCUGCGGAAGAAGAACGAGGAGUCUCUGAAAGCAGCUAUUGCUGGAGCAGGACAACCCAUGAAGAGAACUGUUGGUCAAGUAACAAAGCCAAUUGACUUCCACUUCUGCACGGAGAAUAGAAUUAAACAACAUGGGGAAAGCCAGCCUGGGAACGAGUACAAGGAACUGGAUUUUGCAGCAGUACUGAGAAAGCAUCCUCCUUCUCCGGUGCGAGUGCCGAGGGGACCCACUAUCCCCAAACCUUUCAAUCUGUCCCAGGGAAACAAAAGAAAACUUGAAGAAACCACAUCAGAAUAUGUGUCCCUUGCUGAGCAGGUAGAAGCAUUCCAAAAACGCACACCCUCUCGUUACCAUUUGAGGAGCAGGAAAUCUGAUGAAGGCCCAGUUCCAGGAAAGUUGGUGAAGGCUCGGCUUACAAACCCUAAAACACCAGUGCUUCUAACAAAGCAGCGCUUCAGACCUGUCACCUGCAAAACUACAGCAGAGUUAGAAGCAGAGGAAAUGGAGAAAAUUCAACAGUACAAAUUCAAAGCACGAGAACUUGAUCCCAAAAUCUUUGAGGGUGGACCACUCCUGCCCAAGAAACCCUCUGUGAGGGAACUCACGCAACCCAUUGGCUUUGAGUUGGAAAUAGAAAAAAGGAUUCAGGAGCGUGAGAGUAAGAAGCAGCAGGAGGAAGAGCACUUUGAAUUCCAUUCCAGGCCAUGUCCAAUGAAAAUCCUAGAGGACAUUGUGGGCGUUCCAGAGAAGAAAGUGCUUCCUGUUACAGUCCCCAAGUCUCCAGCCUUCACCUUGAAAAGCAGAACCCGAAUGCCUGGCAGAGAUGAAGAAAAGGAGAAAGAGGUGGUGCCUGUGAUCAAAGCUAACCCAAUGCCACAUUAUGGAGUGCCCUUCAAACCUAAAAUGCCAGAGCAGAGGCACGUGGAAGUUUGCCCCUUCUCUUUCAAUGCCCGUGACAGAGAGCGGCAAAUACAAAAAGAGAAAAAAAUAGAAGAAUUGCAGAAGGAAGAGGUGCCAAAGUUCAAAGCACUACCUCUGCCUUACUUUGACCAUGUUAAGCUUCCAGAAAAGAAGGUCAAAAACCCAACUCAGCCUGAACCGUUCAAUCUGCAGGUUGAUGAACGGGGAGUUGCCAAGCUACAGAGCUGGAAACAGCAGCUUAAAGAAGACUUGAAAAGGCAGAAAGAGGCGACAUGUUUUAAAGCUCGUCCCAACACAGUGGUGUACCAGGAGCCUUUUGUGCCUAAAAAAGAAAAUAAGCUGUUAUCAGUUCCUGAAAGCUUUGAGCUGGCAACAGAAAAAAGAGCUAAAGAGCGGCAAGAAUUUGAAAAACGAUUGGCAGCUAUAGAAGCCGUAAGGGAGAGGCAUCAAGAGCAGGCCAGACAGCAACAAGAGGAGCGUGAAAAGGAAGAAGUUGCUAAGCUAAGACAAGAACUGGUUCACAAGGCAAACCCAAUACGCAAAUACCGCAGUGUAGAAGUGAAGCCCAGUGAUCAGCCGCUGACUACACCGAAGUCUCCCAACUUCUCGGAUAGAUUCCGGUGCUGAUAGACAUCCACGUGACAGUAGGAGGGACAUCCCGUCACUCUCCACUCUCUUGAUAGGCAGAGAGGGAACAAUUGUUUUUACAUGACUGCUCAGUCUCAACUCCUACAUUUGGUUCCAUUAUUAUAUUGAGUAGUUUAAUGCCACCUGAGGCAGGUGGCUGAGGCAUGGUGUACAGGUAGUGCCAUGUGGUCUCCAUGGCCUUGCUUCACAUCUAGACAUCUUGUUCUCUAAAGACUAAACCAGGUUUUGAUACUGCAUACAAAUAUUGUGUACCUGAACUAAAUAAAAAUUCCUAAUCUGA